CGCCUCUCGCAAGCAGCCCCUGGAGUGGAAUCCAGUUGCCGGAUUCGCCGCCACGCCGGGAGUGCGCCUGCGCGGUCGCCGGGUCCCUCCACCUCCACUUCCCCUCCCCCUGUCCCCCCGCGGGGGCUCCGGGUCCGGCAGGACCAUGUUCACCAGCACCGGCUCCAGUGGGCUUUAUAAGGCACCUCUGUCCAAGGGUCUUCUGCUGGUGCCCAGUGCCCUGUCCCUUUUGCUAGCCCUCCUCCUGCCGCACUGCCAGAGGUUCUUCGUGUAUGACCUCCAAGCUGUUAAGGACGACUUCCAGAUUUGGAGGUUGAUAUGUGGAAGAAUAAUUUGCCUUGAUUUGAAAGAUACUUUCUGCAGUAGUCUGCUUAUUUAUAAUUUUAGGAUAUUUGAAAGAAGAUAUGGAAGCAGAAAAUUUGCAUCCUUUUUGCUGGGUUCCUGGGUUUUGUCGGUUUUGGUUGACUUCAUUCUCGUUGAGGCCGUGUGGUAUUUCUUUGGUAUUGCUGCAGCCGGGAAUCUGCCUUCUGGAUUCCUGGCACCUGUCUUUGCUCUGUUUGUACCGUUUUACUGCUCCAUACCAAGAAUCCAAGUCGCACAAAUUUUGGGCCCGUUGUCCAUCACAAACAAGACAUUGAUUUACAUAUUGGGACUACAGCUUUUCACCUCUGGUUCCUACAUCUGGAUUGUAGCCAUAAGUGGACUUGCAUCGGGCCUCUGCUACCACAGCAAAGUAUUCCGGCUCCACCAGGCGCUCUGCAUUCCCAUAUGGAUGGCAAAGUUCUUUUCUUGGACGCUGGAGCCCAUCUUCUCAUCUCCAGAACCUGCCACCGAAGCCCGGAUUGGGAUGGGGGCCACCGUCGACAUCCAGAGACAGCAGAGGAUGGAGCGGCUUGACCGGCAGCUGACGCUUUCUCAGUUUGCACAAGUGAGACGACAGAGACAGCAGGGAGGAAUGAUCAACUGGAAUCGUCUCUUCCCUCCCUUACGUCAGCGACGGAAUAUAAACUAUCAGGACGGUCGGCGGUCUGAGCAGCAAGCAUCUCCUCCUCUCGAGGUUUCUGAGGAACAGGUUGCCCGGCUCAUGGAGAUGGGAUUUUCCCGGGGCGAUGCUCUAGAAGCCCUGAGAGCUUCGAACAAUGACCUGAAUGUGGCCACCAACUUCCUGCUGCAGCACUGAGGGUCCUGGACAGCUGCACAGACACUGGCCGAGCGGCUGCCCACCCCCAGCAGGCGCAGCCCCGCCACCAAGGCAGCCCGGGCCCCCCGCGCCCUCCCUGGCUGACCUCCCGUGCUCUCUCAGGCCUGCGGUGGUCCCUGUCGCUCCUCCCGUAAUUCCAAGGCCAUUACCGUUUUUAAAAAGUCUCAAAAAUAAGUUUGCCAUUAAAUCAGCAUGUAUUUUCUAUCUUUAUUUUUUUAUGGGGCAUUUUCCUGAGUUUGGCCAAUCGUGACUCAUUCCUCAUGUGUUUAAGAUGCAUUAGAACUGCAGAUUUCUGUAAGCAAUUGAAUAGCACCCCCAAUGGGAAGUCAUUGCUAUUAUCAUAUUAUUAUUUUCACUGUACUCUGUCAGCCUACAUUAUAGCUGAUCAUAAACGCCACGACAGGGGAAAGGGGAAUGUUAUUCAGGAAGAAGAUGGCAAAAUACUCCUUACAGACUUUUCUCAUCGCUGUUGUUUUCCUCAAAUUUGCUUUCCAACCCCAGUGGCCGUUUGGUGUCCCCCUUUCCAUGGGGGUGAGCAGUCCGGAUCUGCUGCACUCAGUCUGAGUCAGGCCUGAGUGAGGAGGGAGAAGCAAGAGAAGCAAAUCCUACCCCACACCGUUCCAGCCCAUUUCAGUCCAGGGAAUCUUUCUAACUCCUCCUCCUCACUUCUAUUACAGAAAGUAAUGAUCAGGUCCCAAUGUAAGGUUCUAGAAUACUCUAUGAAACUUAACUGGGGUUCCUCACCCUCAGAAUAUGUACAGUUAGCCUCUCAGGCUGGGGGUGGUAACAGGACGGAGAGAGCAGGGGGGUUCCCUGGAGCAGCGCAGGGCCCGGGGCUCUGGCUGUUGGGCUAUCAGCGGGAGGCACAGGAAGGAGCCGCAGGAAGGAGAGGGGCAGGGUGGGCCACGGCGAGAACAUAGGGGACUACAGUAGGGGGACUGUUGAGAUCAAAGGCAAUUAUGUGACUCUCGUGUUCUGUGAAAGGAGCAGAAAUGUAUCAAAUUGAUGCAAAUUUGGACAAGUGUAAUACUUAUAAUAAAGUUUUUAAUGUGUUUUA